AUGACGCUCACUCCAGCAGUUUCACCUUCCAACUCACCAGAAACAAGGCAGAACUUCGAAUUCCAGCCUCCAGAAUCAGAUCGACACGAUGGCGGUAAGCGCAUCUCUGCUCCUGGCCAGUGUCCGAUCCGUAGAGGGCUGACGACCAACGAUGGGUUUUAUUUCUUGCAGCUCUACAAUUGGAUGGUCUUUUCGCUCCUGAUCGUCGAGAUCGUCACCUUCAUCAUCCUCGUUAUGCCCCUACCUUUCACCUGGCGCCGAGUCCUCUUCCGAUUCCUUGCCACUUCUCCACUGGUCGCCAAGCUCCAAUACGCUCUCAAGAUCCUCUUCAUCUUUGUCACCGUCUUGUUUGUGGAUUCGGUGCAGAGGAUGAUGAAGAUCCAUCACGAGGGUGAGGCGGCUAAGGAGCAGGGUGCUGGUGUCGGGCGAGACUUACGGAGCGAGACGGAUUGGAGGAGCCGUAAAUUUCUAAGCGAGAGGGACAUGUACAUGCGAGGCUUUACCUUGUUCCUGUCACUGAUCCUCUCCCGCACGUUCGCCCUCAUCCUCGACCUGAUCAAAGCUCAAGAAGACCUCGCCACGCUCAAGAAACAGGCCGCUGGACAAUCGCGCGAGAAGGGAUUCUCGGAGGAGGUAGAGAAAAAGUACAAGCAACAGAUCAAAGACCUCCAAGGAGAACUCGACACCUUGGCCAAACGGGUCGAUGGGCCGGGCGCAAACAAAAAAUCAAGCUGA